CAGGUGCUUAUGGCGACACUAUGCGAGGUAACAGAGGAAGGGCGGGCAGCGCUACCAUCACUAAACAACAUGAGGAGGAAUAUCCGGAGACAGCGCCAAGAGAACCCAAACGCCCUCCCCAUUCCCAUGACUGUGGAAGAUCUGGAAAUCCCUGUAGAUCAACGAUUGACGCUGGGUGGAGAGCUUUUCCUUUAUCACGACUCUGGAAGAAACGACCCUCGCCGGAUUUUAGUGUUUACUACGGAAAGGAACCUUCAGUUGCUGUCAACGUCUGAAAGUUGGUUCGCUGAUGGCACGUUCAAGGUAGUGCCGACCAUCUUCUUCCAGUUGUGGACAAUCCACGCCACAUAUGAGGGACAUGUGGUGCCUUUGGUUUAUUGCCUCAUGCUAAAUAAGGACCAGGCGUCAUAUGCAAGGGUACUAGCAGCACUACAGGAGGGAAGGGCUUUCUACCCAACCAGAAUCAUGAUCGACUACGAAUUUGCAGCGAAGAACGCAUUUUCCCAGGCAUUUCCAAAUGCUCACGUUCAAGGAUGUCUUUUUCAUCUCUGUCAGAGGAUACAUGAACGGAUCAAGCAAGAAGGGCUGCAGGUGCUCUACAACGAGGAUGAGGAGAUCCGGACACAGGCGAGAAUGAUAGGAGCGAUUGCAUUUGUGCCAGUGGAAGACACCGUGGAGGCGUUUGAAGCCUUGGCAGGCAUUGCAAGGGCAGAGCUGCAACCUGUCCUCAAUUAUUUUGAGGAUACUUAUGUGGGUCGACCUCAAAGAGCCGCGGGACAUGGUCGCCAGGCAGCGAGGUUCCCGCCCAUAAUGUGGAACAUGUUCAAUGCGACACUGCAGGGGGAAUUUCGCACGAACAAUCAUGUGGAGGGCUGGCACCGAAGGUUCCAGAUCGGCGUCGGUGCCGACCACCCCUCGUUUUGGCAGUUUUUGACCUGCCUAAAACGGGAACAUGCCAUGAACGAAGUAACGAUCGGACAAGCGCAAGCUGGAAUGGGCGCCUCCCGCACGUAG